GCGGGCCCGGCCCACCGCCAUAUAGCGUGGGGCUCGCUGGGGUAGCACCAGCGUCGUCCGUCGGCUCGGCCCGCUGCGGCCGCUGCUUGGUACCUUGCCCGGUGUCCUGCCUGAGGCUGGAGUGAGGCUGACUCUGAAUUUGAACAGUGGACUCCAGCAGUUCACCCAAAGGCUUUUCCCAGGCAUCAGGAAUGUCUUCUGAGCCCACUUCCUCGGCCUCGCAGCAGCCCCCCACCUCUCCACCCUCACCCAGUUCCCUCCACCUGCCUGAGAGCCGCAGGCCAAGAGACCGCUCCCCGUCACCCAUGAGGGGGUACCUCAUCCCCAGCCCACUGCCCACCCGGCGCACCAGGACCUUUUCAGCGACUGUGAGAGCAUCGGAGGGGCCCAUCUACAAAGGUGUCUGUAAGUGCUUCUGUCGCUCCAAAGGCCAUGGCUUCAUUACCCCUGCGGAUGGAGGGCCUGAGAUCUUUGUACAUAUCUCUGACAUUGAGGGUGAGUAUGUUCCCGUGGCAGGUGAUGAGGUCACCUACAAGAUGUGCACCAUCCCUCCCAAGAAUGAGAAGCUUCAGGCGGUGGAGGUGGUGAUUACCCAUCUAGCUCCUGGAACCAAGCACGAGACCUGGUCAGGGCACGUCGUGAGCUCCUGAGGGGUCCCAGAGGGAGCGUGGGGGCUGUCUGCAUGGUCACUGCUAAACAACUGGCUGCAGGGGAACUGUCCUAAGAAUAUUCUGUGUAUUGUGUGGGAGGAAAUACUGCAUUGUCAAUAAAGCAGAAACUGGCCAAAUUUACCUUUUUUACAGCUGGCCUAAAACCCGACCAAAACAACAACAAAAGGCAAUUCAAAUGCUAAUGAAAAAAUCUAGCAUAAAGUGCUUACCAAAUGUGGAUUUUGAGGAGAUCUAGUUUGUGUGCUUCGUGGAUGAGGGGAAGUUUUGGUUUUUCUUUUAUCUUGUGAACUGGUUCCAGGAAGUGCCCAGGGCAGUCAGGGAGAGGUUUGAAGGAGAGCUCUUCUAGCCCAGACAGGCAUGGGCUGCAAGGCCCUGGUGGUGUGUUCCCUGGAGCUGCUCUUCUGUAAGGGCUGGAGCAUGCAUACUGCUGCUAACAGUGCCUGAAUGCCACGGAUGAGAGAGAGGAGGGUGCUCACUGCUGCCAUUUCUUUUCCUCAUGGAAGGAAGUUCACAAACAGAGCAGCUGCCGCAGGGUGGAAAAUCUCUAUCUGGUCGUUAUGCUCUGAUGGCCAUGGCUGAAUGCCCUUUAGUGUACCAUUUGCACAUGGCAUAGAUGUGGAAUAUUUGAGGUUUCAAAGCUUGGAUUGUUUGUGAAUUUACUUAGGUGCCUUGAUGGUUAAUUAGCAACAGAUUUUGUAGGCCAGUAUUAAAAACACCACAAAACCAACAAAAAGACCCACAAAAAAAAACAACCCAAAAUGCAAAAAAAAUACUUCAAGGUAGGUGGUAGAUAAGCUAUAGAGUAGUGGAUUAUUUCAUAGGCACCUUCUGUGUCUGAGUUUAGAGAAAGCUGGAAACUGCCAGUAGUUGAAUGUCUGCUGUGGUGUGCCACAGGGCAGGCAGAACAGCUGUGCCUCUGGAAAGUGAUUCCCUACUGUUCACAUGACUGUGUAUAAAAUACUGCGUGAGUUAACAGGCUCAGCUUCUGCAGCUGGUUCCCUGGAAAACUUUCUUGGUAGGAUGUGGUAUGGUCACCCUUGCUCUGACGUUUCUCUGCCUGCAAGAUUUUAUGUAGUUGUAGUGCAACUGAGUUACUUCUGUUCCUGUUUGCCUUCCAUGUCUGUCUUUCUGUUUUUCAAAUGAAGCGUUUUUCUCUAUUAUGUUUCUAAUGGUGGAUUUUUAUUGACUUUGCAAAUAAAAAAGAUAAAAAAAGA